GGGACCGGGCCGCGCAGCGUGUGACGCCGCAGCCACCGCGGAGCUGGGGAUUAAUGGGAAAAGUUUUGGCAGGAGCCUGCGGAGCUUGCGGGACGGCGGAGGUGGUGCUAGAGGCGGCCGGAACAGUGUUGCGUGGUGUUUUGGGCAUGUACGCGGUACUCACACAGUGGCUUCUGCUCACCAACAGAUGAGGACAGAUGCAACAAAGAGGCUGACGGGAACUGCCCCGUAGGGGUCCAUCUGUGCUCAGACCCAGAUGAUGCCACAGCUAUGACCUGGCCUGCAGGCGUGGCGCCGAGGGGAAAUCAACCAUGGAGCAGCCACCGGAGGAAGCCCCUGAGGUCCGGGAAGAGGAGGAGAAAGAAGAAGUGGCAGAGGCACAAGGAGCCCCAGAGCUCAAUGGAGGACCAGAGCACUCGCUUCCUUCCGCCAGCUGUACAGACCUCUCCCGGAGCUCCUCCCCACCCUCACUGCUGGACCAGCUGCAGAUGGGCUGUGACGGGGCUCCGUGCAGCAGCCUCAGCAUGGAGUGCCGCGUCUGCGGGGACAAGGCAUCGGGCUUCCACUACGGCGUUCACGCCUGCGAGGGGUGCAAGGGCUUUUUCCGCCGGACGAUCCGCAUGAAGCUGGAAUACGAGAAGUGUGAGCGGAGCUGCAAGAUCCAGAAGAAGAACCGCAAUAAGUGCCAAUACUGCCGCUUCCAGAAAUGCCUGGCACUGGGCAUGUCGCACAACGCCAUCCGCUUUGGCCGGAUGCCAGAGGCUGAGAAGAGAAAGCUGGUGGCAGGGCUGACCGCGAGUGAGGGAAGUCAGCACAACCCACAGGUGGCUGACCUGAAGGCCUUCUCCAAGCACAUCUACAACGCCUACCUAAAAAACUUCAACAUGACCAAAAAGAAGGCCCGCGGCAUCCUCACUGGCAAGACCAGCCACACGGCGCCCUUUGUGAUUCACGACAUCGAGACAUUGUGGCAGGCAGAGAAGGGCCUGGUGUGGAAGCAGCUGGUGAAUGGCCUGCCCCCCUACAAGGAGAUCAGCGUGCACGUCUUCUACCGCUGCCAGUGCACCACAGUGGAGACUGUGCGGGAGCUCACUGAGUUCGCCAAGAGCAUCCCCAGCUUCGGCAACCUCUUCCUCAACGACCAGGUGACUCUUCUCAAGUAUGGUGUGCAUGAGGCCAUCUUCGCCAUGCUGGCCUCCAUCGUCAACAAAGAUGGGCUGCUGGUGGCCAACGGCACUGGUUUUGUCACCCGUGAGUUCCUGCGCAGCCUCCGCAAGCCCUUCAGUGAUAUCAUUGAGCCCAAGUUCGAGUUUGCUGUCAAGUUCAAUGCCCUGGAACUUGACGACAGUGACCUGGCUCUCUUCAUCGCAGCCAUCAUUCUGUGUGGAGACCGGCCAGGCCUCAUGAACGUGUCCCAGGUGGAGGCCAUCCAGGACACCAUCCUGCGUGCCCUCGAGUUCCACCUGCACGCCAACCACCCCGACGCCCAAUACCUCUUCCCCAAGCUGCUGCAGAAGAUGGCUGACCUGCGGCAGCUGGUCACCGAGCACGCCCAGAUGAUGCAGCGGAUCAAGAAGACCGAGACGGAGACCUCGUUGCACCCCCUGCUCCAGGAGAUCUACAAGGACAUGUACUGAAGGGCACACCCAGGCCUCCCAGCAGGCCUCCAGGAGCCAAGACCCAGGGGCAAGUGGACAGCACUGGGACGGGGGCCACCAUGGGACUUGCCUGUUGGCUGCCCCUGAGGGCUCAGCACAGGGCCACCGACUCCGGAGGAGCGGGAUCGCACCCACGCCCCACUCCCUGUUUUCCCUUUUCCCCUCUCCCGCUUUCUCAGUUCCUCUUUCUUCUCUAAUGUCUUUGCUCUUUCUCAUCCUUUCUGUAGGUUCCCUUUUCUUCCUCCCUCACCCCCUCUUCUCUCUCCCCAUCCCCAUGUUUGUGGCUCUUUCUCUUUGUCUGAGACAGUCUGUUAUUUCACCAGCAGCAUAGAACGGGACCUCUGCUUUUGCUCCCUGCCCCUGGCGCAAAAGGGAGCGGGGCCUGCCCUCUGCACCGACAGUCUCCUGCGGGGCUGGGGCCUCGUUCUGCUCCUGCCUUCACAGCAAGCGCUUGGGCCACCCCAAGGAACACUAAGCUCUGGGCCCAGCUUCCUGGGGAAGCUGAGCAGGACCUGGGAUGACUGCAGCAGGGGCCCCUCGUCCCUGGGUCCAGCCCUGAAGGCCAGGAUGCCUCCCUGAGACUGUCGCCGCCCUCCCAAGGCUGAGGCUGGCACCCCCAAACCCUUCGAGCCCCGCUCCAGCCACGCACCCCAGCCCCACUCACACCAACACCCUUUCUGUUCUUUUUUUCCCAGCAGGGGCCGGUGUUGGUGAUGGCCCCUGCGCUGGCCGCUGGGGGACCAGCCCCCAGCCUGGAAGGAGGUGGGUUCCCUGCAGGUGGGGAAGCAGUGAGCAGGCCCGGGGGUCGGGGGGGACCCUCCAUCAGCACGCACCCGCCCACCAGUCUGCAGCAGCCUCGUCCUGCCUGUCGGCCGGCUGUCGCCCCCUCGCCAGGGCCAGGACUGGCCUCACCCGCGACGGCUCCUCUCUCCGGCUGGGAGACACUGGCGCUGGCUGGAGCUCAGCUGCCACGCAUACCCGUACGCGCCCCUGGGGCCGUCACUCCAGCACCAGCACUGAAUUCACUUUAUCUCAGGCCCCGCCCUGCCCCUCGCUGAGGCGGUGUGUGCCCAGAGGGGCCUGCAGGCGGAGCUGUGUCCCUGCCCCCGGGGCUGGGACACAUCUCUGGUGGGCAGCGGUGUCCGGUGAGUCCACCGAGCACCUGUUCACAGGGGAAGGUGCCAGGGACAAACAGCCUGUUGACUGAGACAACCAUCUGUCCGAACAGCUCUGCCACCCUCCCCUUCCCUGUGUUCAGCCUACCCAGUCACCUGGCACUCUCCCUGCACAGCCCCUGGUGACAGGGUCCUCUGGACCCUGCCCCUCCUCUCCCCUCCCUGGGUGCCCUCAGUGCCACAGAUGAGGGGCUGGCACACACUUGCAGUGCUGCCUGAGCAGGAGGGUAGAAGGCCCGCUAGGCUGCCUUUUCAGGGAGGAAGCUGGCUGGAGCGGCGAGGGACUGGCUCGGUCUCUGAGGACCUGUGGUUAGAGCCCAGGCUUCCCGGGACCCUUCUGUCUGACUGCACCUCUGGGAGGAAACACCCUAGAGAAAGGACAAGCCCAGCACGUGGCCCUCCUGCCACAGGCUCACUCCCUGCCGGCAAGACCCUUCCCUCUCCCGGUCCACCCUUGGCUGACCAGGGGUGCCACCCCCUGCCCCGUCCCCUCCCGCCUUAGUGCUGAGAGUACAGCUCUUCUCAGUGUCUGAACAGUCUCCAAAAUGGAAAUGUAUAUUUUUGCUAGGAGCCCCCAUUUCCUGUGUUUUUAAUAUAAAUAGUGUACACAGACUGGUGGAACUUUAAAUA